AUGUCUCCUAAGGUCCCAGUUGUGUCGAUUGUCGCUUGUCUAAUGCCCGAAAUGGGCAUUGGCCACCAGGGUAAGCUGCCUUGGAAGCUCAAGCAAGAAAUGGCUUAUUUCAGACAGGUAACGACCGGAACUUUCAACAGCGACAGACGAAAUGCGGUAGUGAUGGGGCGCAAAACGUGGGAGUCGAUCCCACCGAAGUUCAGGCCGUUGCCCGGACGCGUAAACGUGAUUGUUUCCCGGGACCAUGCACAUGGCUUGGCCCCUGCGACGGAAAGCUCGGACCAUGUAUGGCAGAGUAACUCGCUGGCCAAAUGCUUAGAACUGCUUCCUCAGCUUGUGGGCGACCUCGAGCGCAUUUUUGUCAUUGGCGGUGGAGAGGUAUAUGCGCAAACUAUGUUAUUGAACGAUUAUAUGUUGAUGACAGAAAUUCGCCCUGAAGAUGGAACAGAGCAGCCGCCAAUGGACACGUUUCUCGAUCGUGGUAAGAUCUCCCAGCUCUACCAACGAAACGACGAUGUCGCCGGAUUUCUACCUUCCAACGUACAGCUGCCGAAUGUUCCUCAAAUUCGCGAAAAGGGUUACGUGUACGAGUUUGCAUUGUACAAGCGUCGGCCAGAGGCAUGA